AUGAUGGGAUACGGGGGUCAAUCCUUCCAUCCCUCCCAGCAGCAGCAACAGCAGCAGCAGCAGCAGCAUCAGCAGCAAAUUCAUCCUUCCAACCAACCUCAGCAUCCCCUGGGUCCUCAACGUCAGCACAUCCCAUCUCCAUCGCUUGGCGCCGCACCCAACCUUCCGCAACAUGGAAGUCCCUUCCCAAACAAUAAGCCGAUUUUUCGCGCACAGCCACAACAGAGUUUUGCGACAGCGCAAUCCCCUGAUUUGCGUAAAAUGGCGCCAACCUCCACGGGGCCCUUAGCGGGGUAUCCCACCACCACCAGUUUUGCGGCACAGUUCCCUGGCCAUUUUGCGCCACAAGCUUCACCUGACCCGAUGUCGCGCAAUCCUGAUCCGAUGGCUUUGCAGAAUAUACAGAGGGGAGCAUACAACCCUAUCACGCAGCACUUGCGACCGCAGCCUGGAAUGAGCCCUGGUAUGAGUUCCGGAAUGAGUCCUCCCACUGCCGCCAUGACACAUCAGCAUACUACGGGCAUUUCAUCACCCCAGCAGUCUUUAAAUAGACUGCCUCAUGCGGCUAUCCACCAACGUGAAGGCUAUCCAUCUGCCAGCCCGUCUAUGGCAAGUCCCUCAAUGUUUGCCAUGAGCCAACAGAGGCAACCUCAAUCUCAACCCCAAUCCCCUCAGCAGCAACAGCAACAGUUGCAACAGAGACAGCAACAAUACCAGCAGCAACAACAGCAACAGCAACAGCAACAACAACAACAGCAGCAGCAGCAGCAACAACAACAACGGAUAGAACAGCAAAAGCAGAUCCAGCAGCAACAACAACAGCAACAGCAGCGUCUGGAGCAACAGCAACGGCUGGAACAACAGCGUCUGGAACAACAGAAACAGAUAGAGCAACAUGAGCAGCAACAAAAGCACGAGCAGCAGAAACGCCUUGAGCAGCAACGCUUAGAGCAGCAGCAGCAGCAGCAAAAUCAACAACGUCAGGAACAACAACGUCUCGAGCAGCAAAGACUACAUCAACAACGCGCAGAAAAGCAGCGGUUAGAGAAACAGCAGAAAGAGCUUCUGGAGCAGCAAAGAUUACAGAAGUUGCAACAACAAAGUCAGGCACAAAACCCCUAUCAGCAACAACCAUCUCCCUUUGCACAGCAUGCUCAGUCUCCGUUCCAUCAGUACCAACCGCAAGGGUUUGUUCCGCAGUCUGUCCAGUUCACACAGCCAACUCAGACUCAAUUCACCGCCACACAGCAGGCUCCUCAAUUCCAGCACUACCAACCUCCGUCACAACCCUCGGCAGAUGCUGCGCGACAGUCCUUGGUGCAACCUGCAACGGCCACUGCAGGAAACCAGGCUAUUAAAAUGGAAGACCAAAGCCCUGCACCGAAAAAGAAGGCCCCUCCCAAGCCUCGAAAUUCGAUGGCUGCCCCGUCUCAAUCAAGCCAGGGUCAGGUGCCGCAGAGUGUUGAUGGGUCAACUGCUACUCCUACUCAGCCUAAUGGCCAAUCGCAACCUGCUCCCGGUGACCCUUCAACUCCCACUCCAAGACGCAAACGUGGACGUCCGCGCAAAGAGGAGGUAGCUGCUAGAGCUGCUCAAGCUGCUGCCCAUGCUUUGGCAAACGGUCUACCCAUGCCAGGGACAUUGCAGCCCGGGCAAGCAUCCUUUAACCCUAAUAUGACACCCAUGGCCGCUGGUUCAGCUUUGGGUCCUGGUUCGGCUUCACAGCUCACUCCCGUCAUAGGCCCUGACGGAACUCCGUUGCCUUUCAAGCGCAAGCGUGGUCGCCCUCGCAAGGCAGAUCAGAUUGCCUGGGCAGCUGCAACGGGCCAACCGUUACCACCACCAAAGCCGCGAAAGCCCCCUAUGCCCAAGGCAAACAGACCUCCCAAGCCCGGUACCGGUCGGCCUCGUGGAAGACCUCGCAAAUCCGAUAUUGCGGCAGCAGCGGCUGUUGCCGCCGCUACAGGUGGUAACCCAAUGGCCACGGAAAAUAACUUGGGCGACAAUGCGGAAAUGAACCAGGCUCGCAAGCGUGCGGCGCUCAGUGGAGAUGACGAUCCAAGCAAGCGUCCUUGUCCGACGCCACCAUAUCACCAACAAGGUCAAAUGCAACAAUUAGCUCCACAGGGCCACUCACUCCCUCGACCUGGUCAAUCUAUGUCUGGUCAAUCUAUGCCCCAAGCCCAUCACCUCCAGCAACAGCAACAGCAACAGGCUCAACACAUGAAAAACCAGGCUGGUCAACAUAUUUCCCAGCAAAUGCCACAUCAACCUGGUCAGGCCAUGUCAAUGCCACAUAUGCAUAUGCACCAACAGUCGCCUAUUCACUCCGGACGACCUACGCCCCCACAGGCGGCCUUCAUGCAGAUGCCUCCUCUACAGCGAGGCUCAACCCCGACUUUACAUGGGAAUCCCCAUUCCCAACUUCAAGGAGUUCAGACAAACGGAAGAGUCCCACCCCGUCCUGCACCGCAGCAUCAGCACCAGCAUACAUUCCAAGUUCAUCUUCAACCUCAGCCGACCUAG